AUGCCUUUCAGACUCAAAAAUACUGGGGCAACAUACCAGAGGUUAAUGAACAAAAUGUUUGCGCACCAAAUUUACAGGAACGUACAAGUUUAUGUUAAUGACAUGUUGGUGAAGAGUCUGCGUGAAGACAAUCACCUAGACAACCUCAAGGAGACCUUUGACACACUCCGAUCGUUCAACAUGAAGUUGAAUCCAAACAAGUGCGCGUUCGGAGUGACGAUGGGGAAAUUCUUGGGCUUUAUGGUGUCCCAAAGAGGUAUAGAGGUCAACCCGGAGAAUGUACGGGCCAUAAUGGAAUUGGAACCACUAAGGACAGUAAAAGAGGUCCAGAGUUUGAAUGGAAAAAUCACAGCCCUGAACAGGUUCGUCUCGAGAGCGACGGAUAGAUGCUUGCCUUUCUUCCGCACUCUAAGAAAAUCAUUUGAGUGGACGGACGAAUGCCAGACUGCAUUUGACAACUUAAAGACAUAUCUUUCCUUUCCACUGUUGCUCAGUCCGUCCAAGCCAGGAAAAGAGCUUUACCUUUAUUUAGCCAUUUCACAAGCCGUUGUAAGUGCAGCUUUGGUAAGAGAGGAAGACGGAUCAUUGAAACCAGUCUGCUUUACGAGUCGAACUCUCCGAGGGGUAGAAGAGAAGUACCCUCAAAUGGAAAAGUUGGCUUUCACGUUGAUAAUCGCAGCGCGAAAACUCAAACCGUACUUCCAAGCACAUACUAUCAUUGUCUUGAUGGACAAGCCCCUAAGAAAAGCUAUGAGUAGUCUAGAAGUAGUAGAAAAAAUGGCUUUGUGGGCAGUAGAGCUCAGCGAGUUUGACAUACAGUACCGUCUACGAAUGGCUAUAAAUGGGCAGAUAGUAGCUGACUUUAUCACCGAAUUCACCUUCAGGGAUGGCCAGGGGGCAGAGGAGAAAAGACAGUGGAGUAUUUAUACCAAAGGAUCUUCAAAUAGACGAGCCGAAGGAGCUGGCAUGGUAAUCCAAACCCCAGAAGGAGAUAAGAUCUGUUGUAUGAUCCGACUAGAUUUCCCCACAACCAACAACGAGGCAGAAUAUGAAGCCUUGGUGGCAGGGCUAGACCUCGCAAAAGCUGCAGCCUCCUCACUUAUUGAUGAUGGAAUGAAUAUGAAGGUAGUAGACACUGAAUGCAAUUGGACUACGCCAUUGAUGUCAUAUUUGAGAACCGGCAUGUUACCAGUCGAGAAGGACGCCGCUAGAAAGCUAAAGAAACCACUCAGGAGCACAAUUGUUAGUACACAAGAUGACCCGAACAGGAUACUAUUGGCCCACAAUGCUGAAGGACGCGUAAGCUUAUGUAAAGUCCUGCGACAAAUGUCAAAGGUUCAGCAAUUUCAUCAAACAACCAUCCGAAGAGCUAACCCCCAUGACAACACUUUGGCCAUUCACUCAAUGGAGGCUAGAUAUCGUGGGCCCAUUCCCGACAACGAAAAGGCAACUAAAGUUUUUGGUAGUUGGUACGGGAUACCUAGAGUGCUGGUCUCUGACAAUGGUAGGCAAUUUGACAACAACGCAUUUAGAGACUUCUGUUUGGAGCUAGGGAUCAAGAAUCACUACUUGUCGCCCACACACCCACAAACUAAUGGGCAAGUAGAAAUCACGAACCGAUCUUUGCUCAAGAUAAUCAAGACCCGACUCGAGAGGGCAAAGGAUGUCUGGCUGAACGAACUACUAAGCGUUUUGUGGGCAUACUGGACUACAGCAAGAACACCUAUUGGAGAAAUUGGGCUCACAAGCUACCGAGUGGAGAACUAUGACAAGGAUAAGAAUGAAGAGGCCAUGCGCCUUCAGCUCGACCUAGUGGACGAAGUCAGAGCGGUAGCAGAGCAGAGGUUGGCGCGUUAUCAAAAUCUCAUGGAAAAACACUACAACUCCAAUGUAAGGCAUAGAGACUUUCAGGUCGGCGAUCUUGUACUACGGAAGGUAAUGGGCGCCACUAGAGAUCCUUCGCAAGGAAAGCUCGGCCCCAACUAG